AAAAGUUCAAAACUCAUUACACAGCCCCUACCAUCGCCGAAGGCAGCAGCCCCCACCAUUGCGGAACUCUUCUCCUCCGGUAGAGGGUGCUGUCACCGCCGGCGGGGAUAGGCCGUGGGUGCCGUCGUCGCCCGUGGAAGGUCUGCUCACUUCUCCUCACCGUCCCUCUUCGAGCUCACUCUGUCUCUCUCUCACUGCGACGUCUCUCUCUGCUCGGCUGUGGAGUAUUCGCCUCGCUGGCACCUUCCUUCCUCCCUCGAUUCUCGCAACCUUGACAAUAAGAAUAAGGUCUUCACAAGCAUAGCGAUCAUAAAUAAAUUUGACAACAAAUUUGGAUGAAGUUAUGUUGACUCAUACUCUUCGCCAUGCAACCUCACGUUGUCGACGACGCUUCUUCUUCACCACCAUUAUCAUGCAACUCGUUAGAACACACUGCACCGCCACCACCAACCUCAUCUCCCACUUCGCACGUACCGGUCAAAUCUCCCACGCCCACAAGGUGUUCGACCAAAUUCCCCAACCUCAACGAACCACUGCUUCCUGGAACGCCCUCAUAUCUGGUUACUUCCAAACCCGCCAACCCCACUUGGCCCUCCAACUGUUCGACCAAAUGCCCCAACGGAACACUGUGUCCUUUAACACCUUAAUUUCCGGGUUCAUAAAGAACAGGAUGAUUGUUGAAUCCAGGAGAGUUUUUGACACAAUGCCAGACCGGAAUGUGGUUUCGUGGACUUCAAUGGUCCGUGGUUAUGUUCAAAUGGGUAUGCUUGAAGAGGCUGAAGCAUUGUUUUGGCAGAUGCCAGAUAAGAAUGUGGUGUCUUGGACUGUGAUGCUUGGUGGGUUGUUGCAGAGUGGGCGUUUUGAGGAUGCACGUGACAUGUUUGAUAUGAUGCCCGUUAAGGAUGUUGUGGCAUAUACGAUUAUGGUUGGUGGAUACUGUGAAGAGGGGCGUCUGGAUGAAGCGAGGGCAUUGUUUGAUGAGAUGCCGAAGAAGAAUGUGGUGACUUGGACUAGCAUGGUUGCCGGGUAUGCGAGAAAUGGGCGUGUGGAUGUUGCAAGGAAAUUGUUUGAGGUGAUGCCCGAGAGGAAUGAGGUGUCUUGGACGGCAAUGCUGAUGGGGUAUACUAGGAGUGGCAGGAUGAGGGAGGCUUGUGAGAUUUUCAAGGCAAUGCCGGGGAAUCCUGUUAUUGCAUGUAAUGAGAUGAUCUUGGGAUUUGGACUUGAUGGGGAUCUGGAUAAGGCAAGAUGUGUGUUUGAGCAAAUGAAGGAGAGGGAUGAGGGGACUUGGAGUGCCAUGAUCAAGGUUUAUGAAAGGAAAGGGUAUGAGUUAGAAGCAUUAGAUUUGUUUGCUAGGAUGCAGAGAGAAGGUGUCGCAUUGAAUUUUCCCUCAUUAAUCAGUGUUCUUUCUGUGUGUACCAGCCUAGCAAGUCUUGAUCAUGGGAGACAGGUCCAUGCCCAGUUGGUGAGAUCCAAGUUUGAUCAAGAUUUGUAUGUUGCCUCAGUGUUGAUCACAAUGUAUGUUAAGUGUGGUGAUCUUGUGAAAGGAAAACAGAUUUUUGACAGAUUUCCUUUGAAAGAUGUAGUUAUGUGGAAUUCUAUGAUCACAGGUUAUUCCCAGCAUGGUUUGGCAGAGGAAGCUUUAGAUGUCUUCCGUGACAUGUGCUUCUUGGGAGUUCCACCAGAUGAUGUUACCUUUGUUGGAGUUCUUACAGCUUGUAGCUACAGUGGCAUGGUGGAUCAAGGGAUUGAAUUUUUUGAGUCAAUGAAAUAUAAAUAUCAAGUGGAGCCAGGAAUCGAACACUAUGCUUGCAUGGUUGAUUUGCUGGGUCGAGCAGGCAAGGUAAAUGAAGCAAUGAAACUAAUAGAAAAGAUGCCAAUGGAACCAGAUGCUAUUGUUUGGGGUUCACUGUUAGGUGCAUGCAGAACCCACAUGAAGCUGGAUUUGGCUGAAGUUGCAGUGGAGAAGCUUGCUCAGCUAGAGCCCAAAAAUGCUGGGCCUUAUGUCCUGCUCUCGCAUAUGUAUGCCACCAAAGGAAGAUGGAGGGAUGUUGAAGUCCUUAGGGGAAAAAUAAAAGCCAGGAGUGUUAUCAAAUUGCCUGGCUGCAGUUGGAUUGAGGUGGAGAAGAGGGUACAUAUGUUCACAGGAGGAGACAGCAAGGGCCACCCCGAGCAGCCAGUUAUUAUGAAAAUGUUGGAGAAGUUAGGUGGAUUGUUAAGGGAAGCCGGGUACUGUCCGGAUGGUAGCUUUGUGCUACAUGAUGUGGAUGAGGAAGAGAAGACACAUAGCUUGGGUUAUCAUAGUGAAAAACUAGCUGUAGCAUAUGGUAUCCUAAAAGUGCCUAAUGGGAUGCCAAUUAGAGUCAUAAAAAAUUUGCGGGUUUGUGGCGAUUGCCAUUCUGCAAUCAAAUUGAUUGCUAAAGUCACUGGAAGAGAAAUUAUUUUGAGGGAUGCUAAUAGAUUUCACCAUUUUAAGGAUGGUCACUGUUCUUGCAAGGAUUAUUGGUGAUUCCUGGAAACAAAUCUUUACAUAUCGCCUUGAACUUGAGGAGUAUAUUGGAAUAGCAAGGGCUGCUUUUUCUUUGGAGGGCUUUCUUGAUGGUCUGAAGCUUCGCUACUUAGUACAUUUAAGCCUUUACCUCAUCUUUAACACAAUAGGGCUUCAAGCCUUUGUGUUGCUAUUAAAAUGGAUGGCAUGACAGUGUUCACUUUCAAAAAAUUGGUCAUUGAUACUGAGGACCAAUAAUUUUAGCUGCUCAAAGAGGUUAUGCAUGAUGUUUGUUACUGAGACUUUGUCUUCUGAAAUAAAAAAGGGACAGAGGGAAAACCAUAAAAUUCAGCACUUCAGGCAGUGACAUCUCUGAGGCAUCAUUCCCAUUGCAGAAAGUAGAAGAAGCAAGAUGCCUUUUGGUUUUCGGAAUAUAUUUUAUGAUUUUAUGUUGGAUGUCUCCAUUGUUUAAGGUGAAAUCUGUUGUGUUGUUAUCUAGAAAAUAGGAAUAGGUAGCUGAGUUUUGAGGUCUUGCAUUGAAUUCAUUCAAACUUCAACACAUGCUAAUUGAAUUUAUGUGUGCUUCAGAUGUUUAUGGUGUGGGCCAUUGCUGUAGCUUUGUCGUCUACUCGUUUUAUUUUCUUCCUUUUUGAUUAGGGUAAAUUAUUUUAAGGAUAAAACCAUUGGCAGAAUGUUAGGAUAGACUUGAAAAAAAUUGUAACUAUGUGAUAUUCUCAAUAGAAUAUCCAUUU